UCUGUCUCUUUGUUAAACAUCACUAAAACCUAAAACACUAUUCCAACACUCUGGUCCAAUUGCUCUUGCUCAACUUCUCAUUCUUCGAAUUUUUCUUCAACUUUUUUUGGGUAAGUGAAAGGAAGGAGGUGAAUUGGUAAAAGAAUAGAAGAAAAAUGGCAUGUAUGUCACUCAAUAUAGGAGCUGCUUCUGGUUUGAAGUUUGUAAACAAUUGUCAAAAUCAUUCAGUAAAGCUGUUUUCGGCGAAAGAAAAAUGUUGUUCCAACUUCAGUUCUAGCAAUUGGGGUUGUUUCAAUCUUCGAGUUCGUCGUAGUUCUUGCCGUGGUUUUGAUACAUACAAAUCUUUCGCCGUUUUCAACAGCCUUCCGGUAGAUAAUGUCAACCCCAAGGAAAGGGUGGUUGUCUUGGUAAUUGGAGGAGGAGGGAGAGAGCAUGCGCUCUGUCAUGCUCUGAGGCGAUCCCCCUCUUGUGACGCUAUUUUCUGUGCGCCGGGUAAUGCUGGAAUUUCCAGCUCAGGUGAUGCGACUUGCAUAUCGGACCUUGAUGUUUUAGAUAGUUCAGCUGUGAUUGCUUUCUGUUGUAAAUGGGGAGUUGGGCUGGUUGUGGUUGGACCAGAGGCUCCGCUUGUUGCAGGUCUUGCUAAUGACCUUGUCAAGGAAGGAAUUCCUACCUUUGGCCCCUCUUCAGAAGCAGCUGCUUUAGAAGGUUCUAAGAACUUCAUGAAGAGCUUAUGUGAUAAAUAUGGAAUUCCAACGGCAAAGUAUCAAGCUUUUACAGACCCAUCCGCUGCAAAAGAGUACAUCAAACAGGAAGGUGCCCCAAUUGUUGUUAAGGCGGAUGGAUUGGCUGCUGGUAAAGGAGUGAUUGUUGCCAUGGCAUUGGAGCAAGCAUACGAGGCUGUUGAUUCUAUGCUUGUAGACAACGUUUUUGGUUCUGCUGGUUCUCGAGUGGUUGUAGAGGAAUAUUUGGAAGGAGAGGAAGCAUCAUUUUUUGCUCUGGUAGAUGGUGAGCAUGCCAUACCUCUUGAAUCUGCCCAAGACCACAAACGAGUUGGGGACGGCGAUACAGGACCAAAUACUGGUGGGAUGGGGGCAUAUUCUCCGGCUCCUGUCAUAACAAAAGAACUGCAAUCAAUGGUCAUGGAAUCUAUAAUUCUCCCUACAGUGAAGGGAAUGGCUGAAGAAGGCUGCAAGUUUGUUGGGGUUCUGUAUGCUGGGCUCAUGAUCGAGAAGAAAUCUGGUUUGCCAAAGUUAAUUGAGUACAAUGUACGCUUUGGAGAUCCAGAAUGUCAGGUGUUGAUGGUUCGGUUAGAGUCAGAUUUGGUUGAAAUUUUGCUGGCAGCUUGCCGUGGGAGGCUACAUGGGAUGUCUUUGGACUGGUCCCCUGGAUCAGCCAUGGUGGUUGUUAUGGCAAGUAAUGGCUAUCCUGGCAGCUACCAGAAAGGAACAAUCAUUAAUAAGCUUGAAGAAGCAGAGCAAGUUGCUCCAUCGGUCAAAGUAUUCCAUGCUGGAACUGCUUUUGAUGCAGAUGGAAAUUUCAUUGCUACUGGGGGACGUGUUCUUGGAGUCACAGCAAAAGGAAAAGAUCUUGAAGAGGCUCGGGAUAGAGCUUAUCAAGCUGUUGAACAAAUUAGUUGGCGUGGAGGUUUUUAUAGACGAGAUAUUGGUUGGAGAGCACUACCUCAAAAACAAUAUUCGUAAAAACAUUUUGGAAGCAUGAUAUGGUUAUCAGCUUGGCAUUGGCUAAGAGUCCAGGAAUAGAUAGAAACCCCUAAAUUCUAAUAAGGUGAUUCUAUAUUGCCUAAUGAAAGCUGCUGAUAAAACUUAAAAAAGAAGCUGUUGUAUCCUAAAUCUUAAAGUGACAUUUAUUUUGGGACAAAGGAAAUAACAUUUUAUGAA